AAAGGUGUAAGCCUUUGGUCCCAUUGACAACCACUUCAAAUUUCAGACUGUUAAAGCCAUCUAAUCUUCCCUAAAGAUACAACUUCCUACACCAAUGUGUUCAUUUCCAAAUCUAGAAUUCUUUCCUAUGUCUCCUUGUUCAUGGGAUGAGCUUAUCUUCUCUCACGAGAUGCUCUCAGCUGAAGUCCAGAUAAAAGAAGAAAAUAUUAUUUUCCAGGAUCCUACUGACGACCAUUAUGAGCUUUCCUCUGAAAUAGAUCUAAGCAAAACUUCUCAUGACCGAGGGCAGAUCUUAGAAGUGAUUACAAAGCCAAAAGAAGAGCCUGAUGUCCAGAAAACACGAUUUAUAGGCGUCCGAAAAAGGCCCUGGGGAAAGUUUGCAGCAGAAAUUAGGGAUUCCACAAGAAACGGGAUUAGGGUAUGGCUAGGGACGUUUGACAGUGCAGAAGAAGCGGCUUUAAUUUAUGACCAAGCCGCAUUUUCAAUGAGGGGUUCCUCUACUCAACUCAACUUCCCAAUGGAGAGAGUGAAAGAGUCAUUAAAGGGGAAAAGCUACACCAGUUUCAAGGAUGGAUCUUCACCAGCAGCAGUCAUAAAGGAGACACAUAGAGUGAGAAGAAUUUCUAAAUGUAAGAGAAACAAUAAGAAUCAAGACUCUCAAAAAAUUCCUGUGGUUUUUGAGGAUUUAGGAUCUGAUUUGCUGGAUCAGCUCUUGGGUACAUCUGAGAUCAGUUCUAGUUCUAGCACAAAUUCAUAGAUUUCCAUAUACUAAAUUUUUUGCGAAUCAUUGUUUAUGUUGGUUUCCAAUUUGUAUGUUCAUGAAGACGUAAUAUGAGAGUUGACAUACCAUUAAAUGCUCA